AUGGACCAGGGAAAUCGUGGAGGUCAGAAGCGGGCACGAGAAGAAACUGACAAUGCACAAGGACCUGAAGAGUCCAAGCUAAGCGACACAUUCCUUAGGAAUGUUGCGCCACGAAGAGGCGUAUCAGCACCAACAGCUGUUACUGGCUGGGCUGCUGAAGAGCAAGGACAAACGGCCAACAAUCCAAUGGCUGAUAAUUUUGCAGCCGGAGCAAGAGCUUCCUUGCCAACCGAUGCUGGUAGCGAAUCAACACAACGUGCUCUGCAAGAUACUCUGAGUGGAACUGCGUCGGUUGGUUCUGCGGGGGCUGAGGCUUCGGCGUGGAAUCAGGGGACAGCAAAUUUCUUCUUCAAUGCUGGUCAGUUGCAUCCCCAGCAACCAGGGUUUGAUGUCAGUUCCCUUCUUCAGCCACAGUCCCAACGCAUCCUUGCGUCUGCCUUGGCUGCACGGGGUCUGUCGUCGUCGUCGUCGGGUGCUGCAUCUGCCAACAAUGUAUCGCAUACAUUCCGUGGCCAACACGUGGCUUCCGGCUCGCAUGGAGUAAACGCCCUGCAACAACAAAGUACUUCCUCUAACCAGAAUCCCGAUAUCCUUUCCAUCCUUCAGCUUGCAUCUAGGAAUCAGCAGACAUCUGAUUCUGCUCAAACAGCAGACGUCAACACCCUGAUCCAGUUGGCAACGGCAAGAGCCCAACUAAAUAGCAGUCUGCUCGCCAAUCAAGCUUUGGUAAACCCACUUCAGAGCGCAUUGCUCAAUGCAUCCGCUACCAGUAACGCUUGGGGUGCGAAUGGCCUCGACGCCAUUCUCCUGCAGAGGGCUGUGUCCGCACGUCAGCUUGGACCUGCUGCGGCGCCUCCAGCAGCUCCAAUGUCUCGAUCAGUGCUCGACGCAAAUCAGCUGCAGCAGCACAACCCUUUGGCCUCUCUAAACUUGUUUGCUCUGACAAAUCCACCACUGGGGAUCUUCAAUUUAUCGGCAGGGGGCAUGCAGGAAAUGAUGAUGCCGCCAACAGUUGAAGCCCCACACGCCAGUGCUUCAUCGCCAUCCUUGACUGCCCAACAACAGCAAUCAACGUUGGGUGCUUCUGCAGAAGUACCACCAUCAAUGGCAGCAGCUUCGUCAGGGGUUCCAUCCGUAUCGUCGACAUCAUUUGCAUCGUCGGCAGCAGCGUCGUCGGGAGUGCCUGCCGUAGCAUCAUUGCCUGGUGCCACCGCGGCAAUAGGACAACAGCAGGAACAAGAACUGGGUCCUCCGGCUCCAUCCGACAGCGAAUCCAUUCUGCUUUAUACCUCCAACGACGACACCAAGAUCUCUCCAUAUCAAUGUCUUGCGAGACAACAGCUGGAGUUUUUUGUGGUUGGUCAAGACGACCUAGAAGCCGGCGCACAAGGACGCAAUCGACCUAUUGUCCUUGGGCAGGUUGGCAUUCGCUGCAGAUGGUGUGCUAAGAUUCCUCAUCGGCAGAAACAGAGGGCGUCAACGUACUUUCCAGCCAAGCUAGCUGGUGUCUACCAAACUGCCCAAAACAUCACUAAUUCCCAUCUUUGCCAGCUAUGCCACUGCAUCCCAGUGUCGAUUCGUCGUGACCUGCAGUUGCUUCAAUCGAAGAAGUCUGGAACCGGCGGUGGACGCCGGUACUGGACAGAGAGUGCCGAGGCGUGCGGUGUCUAUGAAAUUGAAACCGGAGGGUUGCGGUUACGACGAGAUGAAGGCUGA